AUGGAAAUUGAUGAUUAUAUUAACUCGAAUUUUACAACUAUAGAUGAUUUGACAAACAUAGAUACAAAAUUAAAUCAAUUGAAUGACAUAUCAACUCAAAUUAAUCAAAUUGCAACCAAUAAAUUAUCAUCAAGUGAUAACAAUGAGGUGAAUUCUGAGACAUUGCACGUGGAAGAGCCAAGUAUUGAUGAAAAUGAAGUAGAGAAUGCAAUUAAUGACCUUGAAUUACAAUUGAAGGAGAUAUCAGAAUCUAAUGAUUUAUCAACUAGUAUAAUUAAAUUAGAAGAACUUAUAAAAGAAUAUGGUUCAUUUCCAGGAUUCAUUAUUUUAAAAAACCAACUACAAAAGAAAAUUGAAAUUCAAAAACAGUUACAACAUUUAUCACAAGUCUCAGAAUUGGAAAAACAACUAAUUUCCUUGAAUUUAUCAGUGAAAGAGAUUACCGAGAUCAACGAUAAAUCACAAGAAUUGAAUGACACUUACUUAAAUACUCUAAUUGAUGAUCAAAUAAACAAUACAAAGACAAAUUUACAAAAUAACCUAAAACAAAUAAUCACGAAAAACAAAUGGCUCGUUAAUGAUACCGUCUCUAAUUCAGAUUUAACUACAAUAACUAAUCUUUUCGAUGAAUUAAUUCAACUACAAUCAAUUAAAAACAUACCAGAAUAUCCUAAUACUUGGUGGGGAUUAGAAACUCUACUAGAACCAAUCAUAAUAAGAUUUAAUUAUCAUUUCGAUACUCCACAAAAAGAUACAAAUAAAAUUUCAAAACCUGAAUGGUGUUUACAAUAUAUUGAAACAUUUUUAGAUGAUAAUUUAUCAUUAAUUAAUAUAAUAAUUGAUAAAAGUUUUAAAUCAUUAAACAAGAUUGGAACUUAUGAAAUUAUAACUUGUUUAUUAAUUCCAAUUAGAAAUAAAAUUAAUAAAAUGAUUUCAAUAAUAAAUUCAAAUAUAAACAAAGUUAAUGAUGAUAAUAAUGAUAUAAUAGAAAAAUAUGGUAGAUUAUUAACUCAUUUAAUUUAUGAAUUAUCAACAUUUGAUCAAAGAUUGAGAAAUAAAUAUAAAUAUAAUCCAAAUGUCACUGACUUUAAUGUCAAGACUGAUUUAAAAUGGAUUGGAAUAACAGGUGACAUAUUUUUAAAUAAUCAAAAUAAUGCAUUCGAUAAUUGGUUAAAUUUUGAAAAUAAAUUAGCUAUCAAGAGAUUUGAAAAAGAGAUUAUAAAUAAAGAAGAUUCAUUUAAAGUUGAUUUUGAUUAUCAUUCAACAUCACAUACACAAUUAUUAAAACCAACUUAUUCUUCAUAUGGAUUUAUAAAACUUAUAAAUAAUUUAAAUAAUCAUUUACAACAAAUUAGAGUAUUUAAAUAUAACAUGAAAUAUAUAGCCAAAAUUCAAUUAAGUUUAUUAGAUUUAUAUUUAAAUGAAAUUAAUAAUCAAUUUAAAACAAUUACUGAUAAAUUAAAUAUGAAAAAUGUUUUAAAUAUAAUACCAGGUGGUAUAACUGAUGAUAAAAAUUCAAGACCCAGUAGUAAUUCUGAAAAUGAUAGUAUUAAAAAUUUAGAAAAUUUAUUAGAAAUUUAUGUUUCAAUAAAAUAUGUUAUAAAUUCAUUAGAAGAAUGGAGUGAAGAAUUAAUAUUUGUUCAAUUAUGGGAUAUUUAUAAAUCUUUAAAUAGAGAAACUAAAUUAAAUGAAGUUAUGGAUUAUUAUUAUAAUAAUAAUAGUAAUGAUGCCGAAGGAGAAAUUGAUGGAAUUUUUGGAUCAAUAACUUUAAAAUAUGAUAAAUUAUUAAAUAAAUCAAUAAAUCAGAUUAAUUCAUUAUUUAUAAAUGAAAUUAAAAAAUUUUUAAAAAAAUAUGUUAAUUCAAGUCAAUGGGAUUUGGAGUUUAUAACCGGUGAUAAAUUAGAACCAUCUAAUGAUUUAAAUCAAUUAAUUAAUAAUUUACCAAAUUACUUAGACUUGUUAGCUAAAUCAAUUUCCAAAAUAGAUUAUUUUCAAUUUACAACUUUAAUUUUAAAUAUUAUAUGUGAUACAUUAUAUGAAUACGUAAUUACAAAUAAUAAAUUUUCAAAAAUUGGAAUAAAUCAAUUAAUUAUUGAUUUUAAUUAUUUAAUUCAAUCAUUACAAUAUCAAUUAUUAUUAAAUACUACUAAAAACCGUAGAUCAUCAACAACUUCAACUAGUGAAGUAAUUGAAGAAGAAUUUUCAAAUGAUUUUAAUCAAAAAUAUAUUAAAGUUGUUCAAUCUAUUGAUUUAUUAGAUUCAUUGGUUGAAAUUCCUAUAAGAAAGCCUAUUGAUGUUCAAAAGCUUAGAUCUAAUUAUAAUCAUGAACUUAAUGAGUUAAGUGAUUAUGAAAUUAAGGAUUUAAUAAAUAGAAUUAAGUAG